ACAGACAGGCAGAGCGCAUUCAGAGAGCUCAACACACUGAAAGAGAGAGAGAGAGAGAGACAACAUCUUUACCGAUACAUUCUUAAAUCAAAGUUUUACUGGACCACAAAUCUUAACCUUCACAAACCUGUCAUCUCAAAUAGCUAUGGAUUGUCGAAACGAGGGAUGCACUCAACCGCAGGAUGAGGACAUCAUGGACAUUCCCCUUGAUGACCCAGCUGCAAACAAGGCUGCUGCUAAGAUUCAAGCUGGUUUUCGAGGUCACAUGACCAGGAAGAAAAUGAAGGAUGACAAGCCUAGAGACGAGAAACAACGAGAGCAGAAGUAGCUAGGAGGACCACCAUCACCACCGCCCGAUAGCACAUCACUGCAAUAACCAGAGCUCUUUUGUUUAAAAAGAACCCUUCAGUGUAUGAUAUGAAAGCAUCGACAUUCAAACUACAUGCAGAAUUUGCCACCUGACUAGACUCUCUCACACUUUCCUCUUCUUCCUUUAGCAUUUGAGUGGCUGUUUCUGACUUGAAACAGGUUCACAGCAUGACAUUAUAAAUUCGAUUCAUUUUAAGAUAGAAGUUUGUUUGUGAUCUGUCCGCUUUGAAAUCUGAAGUGUUUUUCUUGUUGCUUCAAGCAAGGCAAGCCAAAUACUCUGUCUGGGGAUUUGUUGAUUUGUUUGAAGUUGUGCUUUACUUCUUUGGCUGUACUGAAACUUACAAUAUACAAGUAUGCAUUUAUUAAAAGUCAAUGUUUUUUCUAGCAUAAAUUUUGUUUAUGUCUGUUUAAUAAACCAUAUUAAGUUCCUCA